AUGUACGACUGUCCGAUUUACCGAGAAUUGAAAACUCUACCUUCUGGAGGCGGCGGCGCGACUGGGGGAGACGAGCUGCGAGACGGCGAGGCGGAGGCGCGGGUAGAUGUCGGCGGCGUAGGAGAUCGCGUCCCUGAGAAGAUGAUUCGCCAAGCCAAGAUAUUAAAGAAGGUCAGCUUAAAUCGGGUUCUUACGGAGAUUGGCUCAAAGCCACAGAAACUCCCUUUCAUCACCCCCCAACCCAUUUCUCCUUCUCAAUCUGAUCCCCGCACAAACAACCAACCAGAUUCGGAUAACCAAGCUUCUCAAGAAACUAUAACUCCCAAAGCCUCAGAUAAACCUCCAACAACUCCAGUGCAAACCACUCUCAACCCUCCCUUGCCUAUUAUGAAUACCUCUCCCCAUAUUAACAACAGUUCCUUUGAUAAUGACAGUAAAUCAGCAUCCAACCUAACCCCCCCUAACACAACAACUACCAUUCCUUCUCCACCACCAAAACAGGAAACUACUAAACCAAAUACCUUAGCUAACCUUCUAACCUCAGAAAUCCCUCUGCACUGCUCCCCCAUGGAGGAAACCCCCACCAAUUGCUCAAAUGAUCCAAAUCAAACUGAACCUAGAACCACCUGCAAAAAAUGGAAGAGAAAGCCUGGGCCUAAACCUAAUAUCACACAAGAGUUCUCUCCAUGGAUGCAAAGCAAACAAGGAACCCUCACUGUGGCUAAAGCGCUGGGAAUAAUUAAAUACAUGAGAUAG